GUGCAAUGCAUAACCCAAAACUGCAAUCAUUCUUCUCCUCUCCACGAAACAUACAUGCCCUCUCUCUCAUUCAGAUCCUGUCACCGUCUUUGAUUUCAUCAGUUUUUUAAGGCAUCUUUUAUGUUGUUUAAAUUUAUUGUGUUGUCUUGUUUCCCUUAGAUCCAUGCGCGAGGCAAUAGAACCCAGUUCAUGGAUCAUCCUUGCAGUUCUCGUCAGAUGAAGAUCGUUGAUCUUGUUUUAUAUCUAUGCUCCUUCUCUGUUAUGCUUUGCUGGAUUAUUUGCUGUGAUGAUGGCUAUUAUGGAUCUUUACCGACUGUGAUUUCCUUGAUUAAUAAGUAUCAACUACUACUAAUGCAAUGAAGGCCCUGGAUAUGUGGUAAGAAAAGAGGUUUGGGCUGAAACGGAUAGGCUGAUGCUGCUUAAGCUCUCCCGCCUUUUUACGGACGUACCUGUUAUAUUGUCAUCCGUAGACAGUGACAAAAAGCUGGUUAAGAAAGCAAUCAGUCUGGGAGCGUCAGAUUAUCUGGUCAAACCUCUUAGAUUUGAAGAGCUGCAAAAUGUUUGGCAACAUGUAUUUAGAAAGUAGAUGAACUCUAAGAAGAUGGAAGAAGAUGAGGUUGAAGAUUAUGAAAAAGCUAAGAAGAUGGAAGAAGAUGAGGAUGAAGAUUAUGAAAAAGCUGAGAAGAUGGAAGAAGAUGAGGAUGAAGUUGAUGAAAAAGCUAAGAAGAUGAGGUUGAAGAUUAUGAAAAAGCUGAGAAGAUGGAAGAAGAUGAGGAUGAAGUUGAUGAAAAAGCUAAGAAGAUGGAAGAAGAUGAGGAUGAAGUUUAUGAAAAGAUGAUGAAAAAGCUGAGAAGAUGGAAGAAGAUGAGGAUGAAGUUGAUGAAAAAGCUAAGAAGAUGGAAGAAGAUGAGGAUGAAGUUUAUGAAGAACUUGAGAAAGGUCUUAACCAAGAGGACCGAUCAACCCAAAAGCAGUCUCGGGUUGUUUGGACCGAAGAGCUACAUCGGUGUUUUGUGGCCGCUGUUAAUGACUUGGGUGUUGACAAGGCUGUACCUAGAAAAAUUCUUCAAUUGAUGUACGCAGAGAAGCAUCUUACUAGGGCGCAUGUGGCCAGCCAUCUGCAGAAAUAUAGACUCCGUCUGAAAAGAAUCAGCUCUAAGGCAACCCAGCAAGUUAAUAAUGUCAGUCUUUUUAGAUCCUCUUCUCCUGGUGGGAUGAUUAAUAGAUUGGACACUCUUGCUGCUCUGAAUGUGCCAGAGUUGCCUUCUUCUGCAACUCUUCAAUUGGGUCAUGCACAGAACUUAAGCAACUCAACCAAUGGUCAACUUCAAUUCCAAGCAGCCAUAGUUUAUGGUAAUCAAGAAGGUUCACAGGGAUUACCAAUGUCUGGGGGGCUUGACCAACUACUGUAGAUUGAGGGUGUUGAACCUCUUGGGCAGGCUGUAAUGGGUCCUAUAGAUGACAUGAGUUUUACACCCUUGCAAGGAGUUACAAAUAGUCCUAGGCAAACAAGUAAUAUAGUGCCAUUUCAGGGGUUGGCUGACCAAAGCCAGGAUGGCAGUUAUGCUUCACAUCUUACCAAUUUAAGCUCAAUAGACUCAAUCUUAAAUGAAGACUUGGACUUGGACUUUGAUUCUGACUUUGAUCUUUAUGAUCCUAGUCAAAUGAUUGACUUGGAUUAUUUGUUGUCUAUGUAGUUGAUAACACCAAUUAUUUGUUGUCUAUGUAGUUGUAUUGUGUAGUUGUAAAUGAGAUUCAAAUUUAAUUCUGUUCAUAACUGCUUGUAUUUUACAGCACAAUGAUUAGUCUGA